AUGCGUCCCAUUUCCCUCCUCACAGCAGUUAUUCUUCCCCUUACUCUUGCAGCACCCGUACCUGAUAAAGAUACAAACACACCUCAAAUCAUCCCCCUUCCACCCCCCGAUGCAAUCCUCGCUCUCAUCAACGCCGGGCUCGCCAACGCCGCAAACCCCACAGAUGUAGCCUACGUAACAGGUCUCAUAGCCGCCGCCGAAGCCGCAGCAGAAGCCGCCGCCGCUGCCCAAAAAGCCAGCGGUUCUACAAGCGGUACCACAAGCAAGAGGCAAGAUCUCGGAUCACUUCUCGGUAUACUUGGAGAUUUGCCCUUGGGAUCAUUGGGACUAGGAGGAAUUUUGAAAGAGCGAGAUGAGAAUACCAAAAGACAAGUGACUGGUCUCCCCGAUCUCGCUAAUCCCGGGGAGCUCGGUGCAAUUUUGGGGGAGCUGGGUCCCGUCGUUGGUGUUGCUGGGGAUAUUCCUCCUCUAGGUAAUGGUGGGGUUUUGAAACGUCAGGAUCUUCCUCUUGUGGGGAGUCUUCCUGGUGUUGCGGGCCUUACGAAUGAUUUACCUCUUGGUUCGCUAGGUUCUCUUACAGGAGGUCUUUUGCAGAAUCCAACUGCUGCUACUUCUUUAUUGGGGGGAUUGAAGGAGAGAGCUAAGAGACGAGAAGUAAAACGUCAGGAUCUUCCUCUUGUGGGGAGUCUUCCCGUUACGGGUCUGACUAAUGAUUUACCGCUUGGUUCGCUGGGUUCUAUUACGGGAGGUAUUCUGCAGAAUCCAACUGCUGCUACUUCUUUAUUGGGGGGAUUGAAAGAGAGAGCUAAGAGACAAGAAGCAGCAGGUAUUUUGAAAGUAUAG